AAUAACUGAGUUGAUGUAGUCGGUGAGAGGAGUAGCUGGCGGUGUGUUAUCUACACGGCUGACUCCCUAGCAAUGGCGAUGUGGACUGGCCAGCUUUUCUCUCCGUUUCUUUAUGCCUUAUCUUUGUUUCUGGUCGCAAGUGGACCGCAGCGUGUCCUUUCUUGUCCAAGCCGUUGUCUAUGUUUCCGAACCACAGUGAGAUGUAUGCAUUUAAACCUCGAAACAGUACCUGCGGUCUCUCCUCAAACAACCAUCCUUGACCUGAGGUUCAACAAAAUCAAGGACUUACAACCUGGCUCCUUUAGACGGCUACAGAACCUCAACACACUCCUCCUUAACAAUAAUCACAUCAGAAGGAUCCCUAGAGGUGCCUUUGAAGACUUGGAAAACCUCAAAUAUCUCUAUUUGUACAAGAAUGAAAUCCAAUCAAUUGACAGACAAGCAUUUAAGGGACUUGUCUCUCUAGAACAACUUUACCUGCAUUUCAACAACAUUGAGUCCUUAGAGCCUGAAUCCUUCACCCACCUACCAAAGCUUGAGCGCCUGUUUUUGCACAACAACAGAAUAACCAAUCUUGUUCUGGGAACCUUCUCCCAUCUGCAGUCCAUGAAAAGACUGCGUCUGGACUCUAACACACUGAACUGUGACUGUGAGCUGCUGUGGCUGGCUGACCUGCUGAAACAGUACGCCGAGUCAGGCAAUGCCCAGGCCGCCGCCACCUGUGACUACCCCAGCAGACUGCAGGGACGAUCUGUGGCCACGCUCACCGCUGAGGAGCUCAACUGUGAGGUGCCCAGAAUCACGUCAGAACCCCAAGACGUAGACGUGACCUCAGGGAACACUGUGUACUUUACCUGCAGGGCCGAGGGGAACCCCAAACCUCAGAUCAUCUGGCUCAGGAACAACAAUGCUCUGAACAUGCGCGACGACUCUCGCCUGAACCUGCUGGAGGACGGCACCCUGAUGAUCCAGGACACCAGGGAGACGGACCAGGGCGUGUACCAGUGCAUGGCCAAGAACGUUGCUGGGGAGGUGAAGACCUCGCAGGUCACCUUGCGCUACUUCGGAGCCCCCUCUCGGCCCAGCUUCGUGAUCCAGCCCCAGAACACGGAGGUGCUGGUGGGGGAGAGCGUGACCCUGGAGUGCAGCGCCACGGGUCAGCCCCAACCUCGGGUGACCUGGACCACGGGGGACCGCACGCCACUGCCGGCCGACGCCCGCAUCAACACCACGCCGUCGGGCGGGCUGUUCAUCCGGAACGUGGCGCAGGCCGACAGCGGCCAGUACACCUGCUUCGCGUCCAACAACGUGGACACCAUCCAUGCCACGGCCUACAUCAUCGUCCAGGCCAUCCCCCAGUUCACGGUCACUCCUCAGGACCAGUCGGUGCUGGAGGGCCACACGGUGGACUUCCCCUGCGAGGCCGGCGGCUACCCGCAGCCCGUCAUCGCCUGGACGCGGGGAGGUAGCCCCCUGCCCCUGGAUCGCCGCCACCUGGUCCUCUCCACCGGCACGCUGCGUGUGUCCCGCGUGGCGCCCCACGAUGAGGGCCAGUAUGAGUGCCAAGCCGUCAGCCCGGUGGGCACUGUCCGCAUAGCCGUCCAGCUUAACAUCCAGCAGAGAGUAACGCCUGUUUUCACAAAUGCUCCAAGGGACCUGACGGUGGAGUCUGGGUCGGACGUGCAGAUUCCCUGCAGCGCUCACGGCCAGCCCCAGCCUGUCCUCACUUGGAACAAGGAUGGGGUUCAGAUAACAGAGAGCGGCAAGUUCCACAUCAGCCCUGAGGGGUUCCUAGAGGUCAAGGAUGUGGGUCUGGCAGACCGUGGCCGCUACGAGUGCAUCGCCCGCAACCCCAUUGGUUACCAGUCUGUCAGCAUGGUUCUCACUGUUCAAGUUCCUCCUGUAAGCAGAUCCGGGGACACAUUUGUUACCUCGUCCAUCGAGGAAGCCAUACGAAACGUGGACAGCGCCAUUGAAUCCACCAGGAGGCGUCUGUUUGACGGUCAGCCCCGUACCCCAGGCGAGCUGCUGGCCCUGUUCCGCUACCCCCGGGACCCCUACACCGUGGAGCAGGCUCGCGCAGGGGAGAUCUUCGAGCAGACACUGCUCCUCAUCCAGAACCACGUCAACCAGGGACUCAUGGUGGACACCAAUGGCACAGCUUUCCGCUACAACGACCUGGUGUCCCCCCACUUCCUGGAUGUCAUCGCCAACCUCUCAGGAUGCACGGCGCACCGCCGCAUCAACAACUGCUCCGACAUCUGCUUCCACCAGAAGUACCGCAGCCACGACGGCACCUGCAACAACCUGCAGCACCCCAUGUGGGGAGCCUCCCUCACCGCCUUCGAACGCCUCCUCAAGUCCGUCUACGACAACGGCUUCAACCUCCCGCGCGGCGCCACCGAGCGCUUCCACAACGGCCACCGCCUCCCGCUACCUCGGCUGGUGUCCACCACCAUGAUUGGCACGGAGACCGUCACCCCCGACGACCGCUACACGCACAUGCUGAUGCAGUGGGGUCAGUUCCUAGAUCACGACAUGGACGCCACGGUGGCCGCCCUCAGCCAGUCGCGUUUCUCCGACGGCCAGCUGUGCACGCAGGGCUGCACCAACGACCCGCCGUGCUUCCCCAUCCAGUUCCCGCCCAACGACCCUCGCCAGCUGCGCAGCGGCACGCGCUGCAUGUUUUUCGUGCGCUCCAGCCCCGUGUGUGGCAGCGGCAUGACGUCCCUCCUCAUGAACAGCGUGUAUCCACGGGAACAGAUCAACCAGCUGACCUCCUACAUCGACGCCUCCAACGUUUACGGGAGCUCGCGCCACGAGUCGGAGGAGGUCCGCGACCUGGCCAGUCAACGGGGCCUGCUUCGCCAGGGGAUCAUCCAGCGCACGGGCAAACCCCUCUUGCCGUUCGCCACGGGGCCGCGCACCGAGUGCAUGCGGGACGAGAACGAGAGCCCCAUCCCCUGUUUCCUGGCCGGUGACCACCGGGCCAAUGAGCAGUUGGGGCUGACCGCCAUGCACACCAUCUGGCUGAGGGAGCACAACCGCGUCGCCAACGAGCUUCUGCGUCUGAACCCCCACUGGGACGGGGACACCAUCUACCACGAGGCGCGCAAGAUUGUGGGAGCCCAAAUGCAGCAUAUCACCUAUAGCCACUGGCUGCCUAAGGUGCUGGGCGAUGCCGGCGUGAAGCUGAUGGGCGAGUACCGGGGCUACAACCCCAACGUCAACGCAGGCAUCCUCAACGCCUUCGCCACCGCCGCCUUCCGCUUCGGACACACCCUCAUCAACCCCAUCCUCUACCGCCUGGACGACAACUUCCAGCCCAUCCCUCAGGGCCACAUCUCCCUGCACCGCGCCUUCUUCUCGCCCUUCCGCAUCGUCAACGAGGGCGGCAUCGACCCGCUGCUCCGCGGCCUGUACGGAGUGGCGGGCAAGAUGCGCGUGUCCACUCAGCUGCUCAACACGGAGCUGACGGAGCGUCUCUUUUCCAUGGCGCACGCCGUGGCUCUGGACCUGGCCGCCAUGAACAUCCAGAGGGGACGCGACCAUGGAAUACCGCCCUAUAACGACUACCGGGUGUACUGCAACUUGACCUCAGCGCAGACGUUUGACGACCUGCGCAAUGAGAUCAAGAACCCGGCGGUCCGGGAGAAGCUGCAGAGGUUGUACGGUACCCCUCUGAACGUGGACCUCUUCCCCGCCCUCAUGGCCGAGGACCUGGUCCCUGGCAGCAGACUGGGCCCCACCCUCAUGUGUCUGCUGGCGGCCCAGUUUAAACGCCUCCGCGAUGGAGACAGGUUCUGGUACGAGAACCCGGGCGUGUUCACGCCGGCCCAGCUGACGCAGCUGAAGCAGGCGUCGCUGACGCGCGUGCUCUGCGACAACGGCGACAACAUCACGCGAGUCCAGCAGGACGUGUUCAGCGUGGCCGAGCUUCCCCACGGCUACGGCAGCUGCGACGACGUGCCCAAAAUGGACCUGCGGAUGUGGCAGGACUGCUGCGAAGACUGUCGGACUAAAGGUCAGUUCAACGCCCUGUCCUACCACUUCAGAGGACGCAGGUCGGUGGACCAGAGCAUGGCAGAGGAGAGGCCGUCCAACAGCCUACCUGGGGAGAGCAGCCCCGUGGAAAACAUCUCUGUGAAUCUCGUGAAUAUCACUGCACCCUCGAAAUCCAGCACUGAGCCCUCACUAAAUGACUUCCAGGACUUUGUCUCAGACAUGCAGAAGACUAUCACUAGUUUACGCAAGCAGAUUAAAAGACUUGAAGCCCGUCUGAGUAAGACAGACUGCACUGACAAGGAAGGCCGGGAACGAUCGGACAGCGAGAGGUGGAAGGAGGACCCCUGCUCCACAUGCGAGUGCAAAGAUGCUCAGGUCACUUGCUUCAUAGAAUCGUGCCCGGUCGCGGCAUGCCAGCGGCCUGUGAAGCUAAAAGGCUUGUGUUGUCCAGCGUGUCUCCACCAGGACCAGGACAUGGGGAGCAGCGAGCUGAGCAAUGGGCACCAGGAAGACAGUACACGCCACGUAUAAUCCUCAGGACCCGACCCACACCCUAGUGUGAGAGAGAGAAAGAGAGAGAGGGGGAAUGAAAGAAAGAGAGAAGUAUAGACUCAAAAGGUGGCCCGCGCUGUAGCCACUUACAUCCAAUUGCCUCGUUUUUUGUUUGUUUUUUUUCGUUUUUUUUUUUCUUUUCGUUUUUUAUUCUUCUUUUUGUUAUUUUGGUUGUUCAUUUUGAUUGCCCUCUCCCAUGUACAACUGCCCGAGGCUCAGUUUUAAAGUCACUGGCAACUGAUGAGACCAGUAGUUAGUUACCUGUCUGCCACAGAGAGGAUGAAUGGAAAAAAGAUGGAUGGAUGCAUGGGAUGGAUGGAAUGAUGGACAAUACUUCCUUCCUGGCCAGGCCUCUCCAGCACUGUCUGUCUGUUUCUAGAGGCCUUUCAGGUGUUUCUGCAACCCAAAACUGCUCCCUUUAAACAUGGGGCGAUAAAAAGUGGGAAAAUGCCCUAAGGAGGAGCAGGACCUAGGAAGUAAACAAACCAUCGGCAGCCAUGUUGUCUUACAAAAGCUUUCUCAGGUUAGAGAUGUCGAAAAACUGGUGCUACCCCACCCACUUUUUUCUCUUCAAAAUGUUACUAAAUUCAAACCUUAAAAGUAUUGUUUUUUUGUUUGUUUUGUUUAUAUAACAGUAUGCAACAUAUAUACACUCAUUAUGUGCCUUUUCAUGGUAAACCACAUUUGAGAGAAUAAUUUUUUAUCGCUCUAAAGAACAUUUUAUGUACAAAUUGAGUUACUUGCUUGUUACUUAACGUUUAAGGUGCUUAAUAUCAUAAUUAUGAAUAUGUAUUUCUCCUUUAUUUGUAUCAACUGACUGCUUACAUAUGAAAAUAAUGUGAAGCCCUACAAAACAUCUUUUGUAAUGCAAAAAUACUAUCUACUGAUGACCAUUUCCUUCUCCAACUGCAGCUGUUGGUCAACAAACAUCUGGUAUUAUUGACAUAUGUUCUCCCCUCAGUAAACAUUUGAUUGGUCUGCAUUAAGGAGAAAAUUCCCUCCAUAGCCUGACUCACCAACCAUUAGAAACCACACUCUUGAGGCCCUCGAGAUAUUUCAUUGUGUGCUCUAAAACGGCUCCAAAUAUGUUUUUUACCACUUGUACCAGUAUAGUCUUUCUUCAUGGUAAAUAUGAGAGACACAUACUGGUAGUCAUGCUAUACUUACUGAUGAUCAAUCCAGCAGGUCGGUUGGAGAUUUUGAUUGUACUCCGUCACUUACCCGCUGCAGUGUUCACUUCCAUUGUGGCCUUUGUUUCCUGGUUAGUUUCGACGAUAACUGAGACAUUGAAGGCAUGCACCCCUACCCCCUCCUCUCUACUCUCAUACUCACUCCCCCAGAUCAAGUUUACAGAAGGACACCCUCUCACGCGUUCCCUUCCCAAAUGUUCACCCCUCAUCAUAUGCUACUUCCACUCUUUGAUUGCCUGUGUGAUGUGUGCGCGUCUGUGCCUGUGUGUGCACGUGGGAGUGUGUGUAUAUCUGUUUGCAUACAUCAUGUUCUCUAACCACACCUCAGCACGUCUUUAUCUGUUGAUCCGGGUGAGAGAGAUUGUUUGGCUCUCGUCUCCGAGUUUUUUGGGGGAGCGAUGCAGAGAGAUGAGGUGAUGUCAUUAUGCUGCAGUACUGCACAGAGCCUCUGACCAUAAUUCCUUCUUUAAUGAAAGCCAGAUGACAAGAGGCAGCGGGAGUGAAGAUGUCAAUCAAACAACCGGCUCCAAUUUCAGUUGUUGAUAUAGUUCUGUUGUUGGUCAUCAGAAAGAUUCAGAUUCCCCACUCCAGGGACCCACUCAAACCUGCUUUUAUACCUAUUGCGUCUCUACAGCCAGUGUCUCUUCCACUCUUAACUAUAUAGCAUCUUCAGAAUGUAUUCCUAAUAUAUAUAUAUAUAUAUAUAUAUAUAUAUUAUGUACCGUUUGCUAGCCUUUCUGAGAAGGUCAUUGAGGGAGCUGUUUUGGCACACGACACUGGUAACUGCUUACAGUACCACAUGGAUGAAAGUGAUAGAGACUGUUGAGUGACCUACCAUCCUUCUUUUUUGAUUUCAUUAUUCUUCCUGUGCUUAUUUCUCUUUUCAAGCAUAGUUGUGUGUGUGUGUGUAUGUUUGAAGUGUUUGAAGUGUUUCUAUACAGUAUGUUCUGACUGAUCACACUGUAACCUGCUAAAUUUGUCACUGUAUUUAGCAACAUCUUGUUACAUCUGUCAUUUUCCUUAUCAUUUUCUCUUUUUCUGCCAGAACCCCUUCCUUCCUCUGGCGCCACCCAAAAUAAAACAUCCCACUGACAAUGGAAUGCACUGCUCUGCAA